AGCUCACGACAGAUGGUGUCGCGAAAAAAAAGCAUACAUGUGGAAAAGGUGUGGCAUACUGAAGACAUGGCAGCAGACAAAGCAGCAACUAGUUCUCAAGGUCACAGCUUUGCUAACCGAGGCAUCCCACAAGAGUGAUGAAAUGCAGAAGCUCAAUUUGGAGAAGGAAGCCCAGAUGAAAUACUGCAGACACCUAAUGGACAAGGUGAAUGCGUGGAAAGAGGCGAAAGCGGAAGAAGCGAGACUUGAAGAUGAACUAGCCGCUCUUCAGGCACAACGAGAGAGGCUGAAGACAGAUGAGAAACUGAAGAGAGAAAAGUCCACUAGGAUGCAACAGAAGCACGAGAUCCAACACUUCAGAAAUGCGAAGAAGUUGAUGAGUGAGGAAGCGGAGAGGAUGAAAAUGAUGAAGUUGAGGGAGAUCCAAGAACAACUGGCCAAUCAAGCUGCAUUAGACCAGGAGAGAAUCGAGUAUCGGAAGAAAGAGCGAGAAAAGAAGCUGGAACGGAUGGCUGCUCAGAACAAGAGGAGAGAAGAGGAGAAGGAGAGAGUGGAGAGGAAGUUGGAGGAGUUGAGGAGUCAAGUGAGGGUGGAGGCUCAGCGAGACCCAGAGAGGACUGUCCAACCCACUGUGGCUUCCGAUGCCAGAUUCGCUCAUCUCAAUGGCGGCGCCCACUCGGAGACUGCAUACGAACCGCUAAAUGCCCAGUUGUUUUCAGUUAACACUUUCAACAAUAAACAACUGAAGAAAGACAACCGAGUGCAGGUGGAGAAUGCAUUGCGGCAGGCGGGUCUGCUGCACACGGACUAUGCCAGAAGUGUCAUCCAGAGCAUGCUGCCUCCGAAGCCACCCAGAAAAGACACCUUCUCAAACAUCAAAUUCACUCAAGAUGGAGUGAUAUGAUGUGACUAUUCUAGAAAAAAACUAAGUUGUAUGUGGCUAACAGAAUUCGUCUUACUGAAAAAUUGACACAUUGAUAUACUA